GGCCCAUUAUUAAUACUCUCAAGGACGACGCCGUUUGGGGGUACAAACAUUCACUACAUCAUGUCGUGCGUAGUAAUAGACGAGAACCCCAAAGAACCUGGAACCCAGGAACCAUUCAAAACUCGAAAGAAGAAGAAAAUUCAACGCGCAUCAAAUACUAAAGUUUUUUUCCUGACAAAGACUGAAAGACCACAAGCAAGGCACCUACAAAUCACCCAACUCCAUCCAUUGAUUCUCUCGUUCUAGACACCGGCCUUCAUCUUCCUUAACUUUACAUCCCUUUUCCUUUCUACAAAAAGACAUUCAUUCUUUUAUCAAGAUUUUCCCAUUUCUUCAUUUUCUUGAUAUCGUUUUAGAAAAGAAAAAUGAAACUGUUACGUGUUUUUGCUAUUGCAAUUCUGGUUUUAGUUUCUUUUCCGUCGACCUCAGCUAGAUUCUUCCCGAACGUAUCAUCGAUCCCUCCUAACUUACUCCCCAACAUCACAAGCCCUACUUGGGAUUCUUUCAAGAGACUCGCUGGCUGCCGGGCCGGCGACAAGCUCGAGGGGUUAUCCAAGCUCAAGAAUUACUUCCAUUACUUCGGUUACAUUCCAAAUACUCUUUCUAACUUCACCGAUGAUUUUGACGAUGCUCUUGAAUCAGCUAUCAAAACCUACCAACAGAACUUUAAUCUCAAUGUCACCGGUGAGCUAGAUGAGCAGACUCUUGACCAGCUUGUACGGCCAAGAUGUGGCAACGCUGAUAUAAUCAAUGGUAGUACGACGAUGAAUUCUGGCAAGUGGCAAACGACAACGACGUCAUUUCACGCUGUCGGUCAUUACUCGUUCUUUCCCGGCACUCCCCGUUGGCCAGACAGCAAACGUGAUUUAACCUACGCGUUUUGGCCUAGCAAUCAAUUGACUGAGGUGGAGAAGAGCGUGUUUACACGCGCGUUCGAUCGCUGGUCUACUGUUAUACCUAUGAACUUUACAGAGACGGAAUCUUAUAAUGUUGCGGAUAUUAGGAUUGGGUUCUUCAGUGGUGAUCAUGGUGAUGGAGAGCCGUUUGAUGGGGUUUUGGGGACGUUGGCGCAUGCUUUUUCUCCACCGAGCGGACGGUUUCAUUUAGAUGGCGAGGAGAAUUGGGUGGUGUCCGGUGAUAUUAGCAGCUCAACGAUAUCGUCAGCAGUUGAUUUAGAAUCAGUUGCUGUACAUGAAAUUGGGCAUUUGUUAGGGUUAGGGCAUUCAUCUGUCGAAGAGGCCAUAAUGUAUCCUACAAUUCCUUCAAGAACUAGGAAGAUCGAAUUGGCAAAUGACGAUAUUCAGGGGAUUCAAUAUCUCUACGGUAGCAACCCGAACUUUAAUGGGUCAUCAUCAUCAACACCGUCUAUUCAGGAAAGAGAAACCAGUGGGGCCUAUCAUGCGCGUUCACUAUGGGCACUGGGCUUGAUUGCUUUUGGACUUUCAUUUUUGCUUUUGUAAAUUCUCCUUUUUUUUUCUUUUUUUUUUUUGAUGUUAUUAUUUGUGUUAAUUCUUUAGUUUGUAUAUUUAAGAGACUAGUCUAUUUUUAAAAUUGAUUUCCAUGUUAGUUA